AUGUUGAAGCCGGGCGACCCGAGCGGCUCGGCCUUCCUGAAAGUGGACCCGUCCUAUCUGCAGCACUGGCAGCAGCUCUUCCCUCAGGCGCAGCUGAAGCCUCCUCUCUCCCAGCAGCCUCCACAUCCUCAGCCUGACCGCCUCUCCAUCCCCGUGGACAGCCUGCGCCAGUCCCGCCUGCACAGCCACCUCCUGGCCUCCUCACACUGCACCUCCUCCUCUACGUCUUCUUCUUCAGCAGCUCUCGCCCCGUCCUCCUCCAUCUCCAUCUCCACCUCCGCAGGGAUCUCCCAGCUCCCCGUCCCCCAGCAGAUCGCCCUCUUCGGGCAGGCGUUGGCCCCUGUGUGCGCCGGUCCUGGAGGACCAGCAGGAGGAGGACCGGGAGGAGAUCUGAUCGUGGUGGUCCCUCAGGAGAACCAGCAGCAGAGUCACAACAACCCAGCAGCCGCUGCGGGGCUCCUCCAUCACGCCAAAGAGCAGAGCUGUGGGGGGGUCAGCGUGGUGUCGUCCAGCGUGAAGAGCAGCGGGGGAGGAGGAGAGGAGGGAGGCAAAGGAGCCAGGUUCAAGCUUACGUCGGAGGAGCUGGACUACUACCUGUACGGACAGCAGAGGAUGGAGAUCAUCCCGCUGAGCAACCACACGGGAGAGACCAACAACCGAUGUGACAUGUGUGCCGACAACAGGAACGGCGAGUGUCCGAUGCACGGCCCUCUUCACUCUCUACGGCGACUCGUCGGCACCAGCAGCACGGCGGCCCCCGUCACCCUCCCCGACGUCCCCGAUUGGCUGAGAGACCUGCCCAGAGAGGUGUGUCUGUGCACCAGCACCGUUCCUGGUCUGGGUUACGGGAUCUGUGCGGCUCAGAGGAUCCCUCAGGGGACCUGGAUCGGCCCGUUUCAGGGAGUCCAUCUGCUGCUCGACAAACUGCAGGCCGGAGCCAUGAGGAACUCACGACACCUGUGGGAGAUCUACGACGCCGAGGGGACGUUACAGCACUUUAUUGAUGGUAAUGAUCCCAGUAAGUCCAGCUGGAUGAGGUACAUCCGCUGUGCCAGACACUGUGGGGAGCAGAACAUGAUGGUAGUACAGUACAGGUCUUGCAUUUUCUACAGAGCCUGUAUGGACAUCCCCAGAGGAACAGAGCUGCUGGUUUGGUACAAUGACUCCUACACUUCCUUCUUCGGCAUCCCACUGCAGUGCAUCGCUCAGGACGAAAACUUAAACGUCCCAGGUACAGUGGUGGAAGCCAUGAGCAGACAGGAGUCUCUCCAGUCCUUCAACAAGAAUGGCAAACCCUCCUCAUCGUCCUCCUCUUCUACCCCCUCCAUCGUCCCCAUCAGGAGCUCCAUGGUCUUCCCUCACUCCCCCUGCCCUAGGAGUUUCUCUCUUAUGGACAAGGUCGGGGUUAGUGUUCAGUCGGACACCAGUUUCGGCCAGCUAGGGUCAAAGAACCAGCGAGUCCUGGCGAGCCCGACCUCCACCAGCCAGCUGAGCAGUGAUUUCAGCGACUGGCACCUGUGGAAGUGCGGCCAGUGCUUCAAAACCUUCACCCAGAGGAUCCUGCUGCAGAUGCACGUCUGUCCGCAGAAUCCAGACAGACCGUACCAGUGUGGCCACUGCUCCCAGUCCUUCUCCCAGCCGUCAGACCUGAGGAACCACGUGGUGACGCACUCCAGCGACCGACCCUUCAAAUGUGGGUACUGCGGCCGCGCGUUCGCCGGCGCCACGACGCUCAACAACCACAUCCGCACGCACACCGGGGAGAAGCCGUUCAAAUGUGAGCGCUGUGACCGCAGCUUCACGCAGGCCACUCAGCUCAGCCGCCAUCAACGACUUCCCAACGAGUGUAAACCGGUGAACGAGAGCAGCGAGUCCAUCGAGGUGGAUUAACCCCGACUGCUGACGGACUCAGACCGCGCCCACACUGAGGCGGCUUCAUUUGAAAACACGUCUUUUUAAAAAUCUCACCGAGUCGACAUUGUUCUCACCACAGAGUUCAGAUAUUUUAUACACGGACUUUAUGACAGCAGCGCCACCAGAGGUGACUGAAGAAGCAAAUCCAACCAUUAAAAGCUCCAUAAAGCGUCUCUGAUUAGCCUCAUGUUUGACCCUGUCCCCUUUUUUUAAAUAAAAGCCUGACAAUUUUUAUUUUUAAAUGUGAAAUUAUGGAAUUUCACGAUUCAAAUUUAGCGAUUAAUCGCGUUUAGGAAUUUGUAUCGUCUGAUAGCCAGAGCAUCAUCAUCUGUCUCGCAAUAAAAACAAAAACAGCAAACUUCAAUGAGUGAAUUUGGACAUUCAAAAAUUAAAUCUGAAGGCGCGAAGGUGACGCUCAGAAAUUCCAAGAUUAAAGUCAAAGAUUUCGAUUACAUAUUUUGCUUUGAAAUGCAAAAUGAUCAUGCAACAUGCAAUUACAAAUCGAUUAAUCGCGAUUCACUUUUGAAAUUCAGCGAUAAAUCGUAGUUAGUAAGGCAGCAUUUGUUUUUGUAUUUACAGCCUGUUUUGCUGCUGCAGGCUGAAGUUAUCUCUUGGAGUAUUUCCUCGGUUUAAGACCCUUAAACAUGUCAAAGUUGAUCCGGUUUGUAAAGCCUGUCCAGGUACAUCACAACGGGUAACUUCAUGAUCAGGAGAGUAACACUGAAUCCUCUCUGCAGCAUUUAGGAACCAAAAUCAAAUCUGUCAGAGAAACGAAAACAGUUUAUCUUUUCCGUGUGGGGCUGAGCUCUUUGGUAACGCAAGCUGAAAGUGUGAGACGUUCUUCUUCAUCGUUUUCAGAUUCAGCCGCCUCAGUGUGAACAAAGUCUGACCAGCGACCGGUUUAAACUCCGCCCACUUCCUGAGAGGAGAGACUGUAAAGCCACACUCGUCCUGCCGGAGAGAAUCCUGAUUCAACCAAACCAAAGAUCCUUUCUGUUUUUUUCCCCCCGGCAGAGAAGAAGAACUCGGACUCACCCAGGAGAGAAUAUUUAUUGGAGACGUUUGGGUUUCCCUCCAAAGAAAACUUGUCCUUGAAACCGGGACAAAAACAAUGAAAUACCAAAAAAAAAACAGACUGAUGUUCUGUCUGUAGCUUUACUUCCUGGUUUCUUUUUAUGUCUUUCUUUUUGCAGCAGCGAUGCCAAAGGAGGCUGCGACCAAAGCAAACAGACUGAGAAUGCACAACGAGCAUCAACACGGGCGUCUGAGGAGGAUGCUCGAGUUUACUAUAAAAAAAAAAAAACAGAACAAACUAAAGAAGGAUGUAUUGUAAAGAAAAAAGACAGAAACGUGAAAGGACAGAAGAAACAAAUUAUAUUUAUCUUGAUCCUCAUAAAAUGCUUCGGGCACUUUUGUUUUAAAAUGUGGAUAAUUUAAUUUCUGCAGCUCUGAUGUCGGCUGAUGUAAAGAUGGCGGAGGGAGACAAGAAGAGAUAAUGGACGUGAUUUCUUAUAGAAAUAAUCGUUCACGAGGAGAUGUGUUGAACGACACAGAACGUGCUUCAAUUAGUCCAAAUCUUCUUUUUUGCUCGUUGUAGCAUUUCACUUUUUCUUUUUAUUUCCGUUCAAAGAUGGCGUCGGAUCAUCCGAGGUACUGAUCUAAACCAGGGCAAACGUUCCCCCUCAUGACCGAUGUUCCCUCAGAGAGUCGAUCUCACAACAAAGUGUAAAUAGUUCCUGUGUUGUUCUGAAACACUUUGAGGGUCAAAGCACAGAUAUUACAUGAACACCAAAAAGGUUUGUGUGCCUGAGAGUUUAAAAAGCUUUAAUAAUAAUAAUAUUCAUAAAUAAAUGAACAGUCAGACUUUAAACUGCUCUUCCCAAAGACUCACAGUGUUGAACCUGCUGGACGUAAAUCUACAGUCCGAACCAAAACUCAAAGAGAUGCCUCACGUUUACGUUCAUCACACGGACAUCUGGAAGAGUUCAUGAAGAGCAACGAGUUUAAAUCAACAGUAAAUUUAUAUCCUUGUUGUGCUUUUUUAUAUAUAUUUCAAAGGAAGAAUGUACGACAUGUUCCACAUAAAUAUAUCAGAG